AUGAAGAAGGAACAAAAGGAGAUCCAAGGAAAUACCCAGAAAGUUAUCGAGAAAGAUGUCACAUUUUUCUUCUGUAAAGACUCUCCUCCUCCCUGGUUCGAUGACAGUAUUUCAGGAGAUUUUGGAUUCGACCCACUUGGAUUAGGAUCUGAUUCGGAACUGCUGAAAUGGUUUGCACAAGCUGAGCUAACACACAGCAGAUGGGCAAUGCUUGCUGUGUCUGGAAUUCUGAUUCUAGAAUGGCUAGAAAGUCUGGGGUUUAUUGAGAAGUUCUCUUGGUACGAUGCAGGAGCACAAGAAUACUUCGCAGAUUCCACACCUUUAUAUAUAUUCUGA